CUGGCGUUCUAAACGAGGGGGCGGCGGCUGCGGACGCGGUUGCUGAGGGGACUGCCACGGCGACGGUGACUGGGCUUACAAACUUCAUUCCCACCUAAUCCACCCCGCACUAAGAUGGCGGCGGAUCCUCCUCCUGAAGAGUUCGGCGUGGCCGAGGAACGGAGCGGGCAUUGCGCCGUGGUCGAUGGGAAUUGUCUUUAUGUGUGGGGGGGAUAUGUGUCUAUUGAAGAAAAUGAAGUUUAUUUACCAAAUGAUGAACUUUGGAUUUAUGAAAUUGACAGUGGAUUAUGGUCAAUGCAUCUAAUGAAAGGAGAGUUACCUCCAUCUAUGUCUGGAAGCUGUGGAGCUUGCAUUAAUGGGAAGCUCUAUAUCUUUGGAGGAUUUGAUGACAAAGGAUACAGCAAUCGGCUCUAUCAUGUUAAUUUGCGAACAAAAAAUGGAGUUUAUGUAUGGAAGCAAAUCACAGACUUUAAAGGUCAGCCUCCUACACCACGUGACAAGCUUGCUUGCUGGGUGUAUAAAGACAGGUUAAUCUACUUUGGUGGUUAUGGCUGUAGGAAACAAAAUGAGCUAAGUGACUGUUUUGAUGUUCAUGAUGCAUUUUGGGAAGGUCAAAUAUUCUGGGGAUGGCACAAUGAUGUCCAUGUUUUUGAUACAAGUACUCAAACUUGGUAUCAGCCAAAAAUUAAACGUGGAAUUGCACCUCAGCCUCGAGCAGCUCACUCAUGUGCAGUCAUAGGAAAUACAGGCUAUGUUUUUGGAGGACGGGUUUUGCAAACAAGGAUGAAUGAUUUACAUUCUCUGAAUUUAGACACCUGGGUUUGGUCAGGAAAAAUUGCUACAAAUGGAGAAAAACCAAGAGACAGAUCAUGGCACACGUUGACUCCUGUGGCAGAUGGGAAACUUUUCCUAUUUGGUGGGCUGAGUUCAGACAAUGUACCCUUAAGUGAUGGUUGGAUUUAUGAUGUUGCAACAAAUGAAUGGCAACAACUUACAUAUUUACCACAGACUAGACCUAGGUUAUGGCAUACAGCCUGUGCUGGCAAAGAAGGUGAAGUAUUAGUCUUUGGAGGAAGUAAAGAUGAUUUGCAUUUCCUGGAUAGGGGACAUUGCAGUGAUUUAUUGAUUUUUCAAACACAACCAUAUUCACUUCUCAGGUUGCUUCUCUCCUUGAUUAGUUUCCACCCAUUGUUUCUUGUCCUACUCUCAGAUGCUUUGGAGAAUGAGAAGCGAAAUGUCUUCAGAGAAAAACCAGAAAGUCCGCUUGCCUCUUGAAAAAAGCACCUUUGGGACAACCAUGACCUGGAUAACUGAGAAUCUCCAUAGACAUUUAAAUAUAUAAUUGAUAUUACAUAUUAAAUAUGUAAUAGGAUAUUAAAUAUGUCCUAUUGUUUUGAGAGUCAAGCAAUGCUGUGUACACACGGUGGCUGUUUUCCAUUAAUGAAAGGAUAUUUUCUCUUAUAGAAAUUUUAAUACAUUUUGCAUUCUUAAUAUAAACUCUCCUGUGUCAUUAUUAUAUAGCAGCUGUUUAAGACAAAUCCAUAAUCUAUGAUUCAAGCAAAUCAUAAAAAGUAUGAUGUUUCAAUAAAAUUCUAACAAAGAAUAGAUUAUUUUCAGUAAUAGUUAUCUAAUGAAAGAGCUGACGUAUUAAGACUGAGAACAUUGCUGUGAAAGUGCAUCGGGGUGGUGUUCACUUACCUUCCAUGCAUGCUCAGAGCGUCAAAAAUGUGACAUGAUGAUGUCCGUGUGGAUGGGCAGAGCCUCUCGCAGCUGCCACUACCAGUUCUCCCGAACUGGAUAGAACCAGCUGAAUACCACCACUGGAGUGCAUAUUGCCAUUCUUAGAUGUUUUAACUAGUUUACUACUAUGUAACUUAUAGAGAGAAA